CCUUAUCUCUCUCUUCUUUUUGAAACCCCUUCUUUGAUCUUUUCCUCGCUUGUCUCCAUUUUUAUUUAUUUAUUUAUUUUUCUUUAUCGCAUUCACUGCUAUUCCAGAUUUCUUCUUCUUUAUUUUUGUUAAUAUUGCAGUUUUCUUCUCUCUGUUCAUAGAAAGGACCUCCAACAGCUGGUGGAAUAGCACCCUGAAAGUAGAAUACUAAAAAGAGGUCCCUGGUGUCCAGCACUCAGAAUAGAAUCUUGAAAAUUUCUUUGAAGAAUAAAUGGCAGACAUACAUGUCUUGGACUCUGCCGAAAGGUGUACUGAAAGCAUAGUAAAUGAAGAUUCAGGUGCAGGUGCAGGUGCAGGUGCAAAUGCAGCUUCAAGGGCAGAUAUGGUAUUCACUUCCACGAAUCCUCUCUCAGAACUGGUGUGGUCUCCACAUGAGGGAUUGAGUCUUAAAUAUGCUGGUUCCAGUUUAUCUGAAAAGAAAGCCUCCCUUUCACGGAAUACGGAAUCAUUCGAUAUAAAAAUUUCAUCACCGCAGCAUACUAAUGGUGGGAAGAGUGUCAGUGUUAGAGAUAUCGCAGCAGGAAACAUGAAAAAGAUGCGGCUUGAACUAAAUUCUGAUAACAGAAAUUCUAAAAGAGUAACCUUGCCUGGUUCUCCUAGAAGAACUGUCGAUAUGCAACCUGCCUCUCUGACAAGCCUAUGCGAACAAGAUUCAAUGGCAGGAUCUCAAGGAGACAUGAACAAAAUGGAAGAAGCAAUUUUAGAUAAUAAAUGUGAGCAUGAUGAAUCAGAUAACAAAGAAACUGGCAUAUGCUCACCCAGAAACAGCAAGGGCUUUGGCAUCAUCGAUCCUGAGACAGUUGCAGCUGAUACUACUCAUGAUAAGAUCUUUAUUGCAGGUCCGCAUAAUAAUGACCUGACUCCCAAUUGUACAUCAUGUAACCUAAAAGAGCUGAAGCCUGAUCAAGCACAGAUUGAAGUUGAGUCUGCAUCCAAUAUCGGAACCUCAAAUGAGCGUCAUAAAGAAAUGACUAGGAUAAAGAAGCAUGAGGCAUCAGGCUUGGUUGAAGUAUCUGCUCAUGAAGAUUCUACAUUAGCAAAAAAUGGAAGCAAUGUGAAAUUAGCAUCAAGCUCAAGUUCUGCAGAGUGCAGGGUUGCUGACUUGGAAUUAGAUGAUGCAGAAGACAAUACUGAAAGAAUCACUAAGCAGUAUACUGACUUCCAUAUUCUUGGUAAACCAUGUUCAGGUGAUGUGCUAUCCAAAGACAUUGGUACUAUGACCAAGAUUGGAACGGCUGCAGUAUUGCAAUCUCAGGAUUUUGGCAAUAAUGAAACUUGGCAAGCAAAUACAAAGACAAAGAAUGAGCCUGCUUUGUUUGGGUCUGAAUCAGCAUGUAAUGCAAAUCCUAGAAGUUUGGAAAAGGGUAAAGAAAAAGUUCUCUAUGUUGAAGACAAUGAGAGAGUUUCAAAAGAGAGAGAGGACAGCAAUGAGAGUGUUGAAAGCAGUAGCAGAAGUUUGGCUUCAACACGAAAACGAGCACCGAGUUGCAACUCAAUGCUGUCCCUGAGAAGCAAGAGAUCCAAAAACGAAAGCAAUGAGAGCUCUUGCUUAGGAUCUUUUCUCAAAAAAGAUAAAUCUUUUAUGAAUUGGAUAUCAACUAUAACUAAUGUUUCGUCCAGAAAUGGUCAAAUAGCACCUUCCUUGGGAAUUGUUCCAAAAUCAUCUGACUGUAGAAAAGAAAGCAUGGGUCCUUUGCCCUUGACAGAUGACAAAAGCAACAGCAAUGCCUGUGGGACAACAGGUUUUAAUUCCGUUUUUCAGGCUCUCUACUGUCCAAAUGUCACUGAACAUAGUGGCGCAAGUUAUCAUAACAAUCAAAGAGAAGCUGACGCCUUGAAAAAACUAGAAGUUAUGAGAGAGCAACUGGAUCAUGGUCAUCAUGUGGACAGUGAUAGUCUGAAAUGUAAUAUAAACAUAACCACUACUGUAACAAGUCAGAAGAUACAUAAUGUUUCAAAUGAACUUCAUGUUACUGGUGAAGCUGUUGCCAUUUGCAGCCCUCAUUCAGUCUGCAAUAGGGAGGGUGGCAAAUUACAUACUGUUGUUUCUUGUUCAGGUGAGAGGCUUGACCAGGGUACUUAUCAAGUGGAGUUUCCCUCAACCACAAUCAAUUCAUCUUCAACUAGCUCUACUAUUAAUGAAAAAAUAAAACAGGCUUGCACUGUGAACAACAUUGGAUCUUCGAGCUCUUCAGCAAAGAGUGGUUCCGGAUCUCCUGAAGACAAUGGAACUGGAGUACCUUGUUCAGUUCCAAACAGCUCCUCAAAUGAGUUAUUCGACAACAGAAGUGCUUUUUGUCAGAACUUAUGGAUAUCCCGGCUGUUGCCAAAAGCUUCUUCACCAAUAUUAAAUCCAGUACCUUGCAAUCUGAGUGCAGGAGCAACUGAGAAUCUCAAAAAUGAAAGUAGUUUGUUAAGCUCUCCUUCUCAAAGUAAAGUUGCUCCUAGCAAGGAGCAUAAAAAUUCAGAGAACUGUAGCCUCUCUUACCUAGAAACAAAAAUGGGUGCUAGAAAUGUAGGAAUGAAGCCAUAUCCAACCUGUUCUACAGAUUCAUAUGGUCUAAAGGAGCCAGCAGAUCACAAGCUCAUAUCUAAACUAAGUCCAAUACAACCAUUACAAAGAUUGAAAAACUCAGAAUCAAUAGCAUCUCUGUUUGCAAAGAGAUUGGGCGCCCUUAGACAUAUCAUGCCUCCAAAAAUUUCAGAUGACACGUCAUGUGCAGCCACAAUCUGCUUCUUUUGUGGAAAGACUGAUCACUGCUUAAGAGAAUGUUCUGAGCUAGUUGAAUCUGAUCUUGAGGAUCUUCUGAAAUAUAUGAAUUCACGAGGUGGCACAGAUCUGCCAUUCGGCUUAUGCAUUCGAUGUUUUCAGCUCAAUCACUGGGCCAUUGCAUGUCCGCAUGCAUCCUUAAAAGGAAAACAUAGCAGUGAUAAUUCUUUCAUUGUUAAUAAUGAGAACUCUGGCAAGGUUGAUGAAAGUCAUGGAAGACAUGGUUCUGCUAAUUAUGGUGGAAGAAUCAUUUUAUGGUCUGGAGACAAACAGGAACAUCAGCAACAUGUCAGCAUGUAUCAAAUUCCUCCAAUAAGAGAGUCAGGAGUGAAGACUAAGCUUGCAGUUCAUGGAAGCAGCAGUGUUGAUGAAGUAGCAGGCCCUAGUACAAGUGGUUUAUAUUCAAAGCCAGUCAGCAAGAAUCUGGAAGAAAGGAGAAUUGAAUUGAAGGGCAGGGCUUUGAAUUCAGAAGGCAAUGAGUUAAAGGGAAAAUGUAUCAUACCAUUCUGUAAUUUUAUGGUUGCUGAAUUAGGUGAUGAGCCAACUGAAAUUUUUGAGACAGUAAGGAGGCUUCGUUUAUCUCGCAUUGAUGUCAUCAGGUUGCUGAAAUCACCGGUUGCCCAAUUUAGCGUAGAAGGUUUUUUCGUGCGCCUGCGGCUCAGAAAGUGGGAAGAAGGACUAGGGGGAACAGGGUAUCAUGUGGCUCGCAUUAACGGUACAAGUUUUGGAAACUGCCUUUCUGUAAGCAUUAGGGGUUCCACAUGCAUUGUGGAAUAUCAUACUGUGUCCAAUCAUGAUUUUCUUGAGGAUGAGCUGAAGGACUGGUGGUCUGCUAUCAUGAAAGGAGAUGGUAAACUGCCCUCAAGAGAAGAGUUGGACAAGAAACUUGGUGAGAGGGUGGUGCUUGGAUUCUAGAAACAUGGAUCAACCAAUGAUAUGCUUCUAAGACAUCCUGUUGCCUUCAAGACAAAACUCUAAUCUGAUCCAGAUUGCUUAAGAUUACUGAGAAUUGAGGUCAGACUUCAACCGAGCUAUUAAUCACCUCAAUUAAUUGGGUAUAAUUAUAAAGUGUAGCUGCCAAAAGAGGGAUUGUUGUGCCAGUCUGAAAGAUGUGCUGCAUAAAAUAGUUGGUCGAUAUGAUUACAAGGUGUGGCAUGAAUAGAGAUUAACUUGUUUGGUGUAUCACAUGAAGAAUAGCUGGUAAUUUACAAGUGUGAUAUUAUUUAUAUUGUAAAAAACUAGUUGUGUGUACUUGUGCAAGGAUACUCUAUUGUCUUUUGAAUCUUUUUCCAUCACUACUCUUGAUCCAAGAAUAUCAAUGUGUU